AUUUAAUUAGGUUAGAAUUAAAAUUAAGUAAACAAAUUCAAAAAUUAUUCCAAUAAAAUGACUUAAGUACUAACAAUAUGCCACAUAUUAUAUCAAAAGCUUUAUUAUUUAUAGUUAUUUUUUCAUUUACUUAUAUUCAAACAUCCUGCGACGAUCAAGAAGAUGAGGAGUUCGUUCCUACGAACGAAUGGCAGUCCAUAAAAACAGGUCAGAAAGUACCUCAGGGGCUGCACUAUCGAAUCAAUUUACAAACGGGUACGAAAGAAGCAAAAUUGCUUGAUAACGAAAAAGUAAACGAUCGAAAAGAUUUACUAGCCACAAAUGUCGAAGUCGAAGAACAUAAAGAUUUUGACGUGAAAGAAAUCAAAGAAGCCCUCAAAAAUUUGAAAAGCGAUGAGUCCAAAUCCGAGGAUGGCGGAAAAACUAAAUUUCGUUCUUACGAGGAAUUAAAGGAAGACCUAGGAGGCGUUAAUUUAACUUCGAAAACAGAUGCCGAGAUAAUCAGCGAUCUUCUGGAAGAGCACAAAAACCAAAUCAAAAACCCCAAAGUCGAUGAAAAUAUCAUUAUAAGUAUUCUUGAGGACUUAAACUACUUAGCACAUCAGUUCGAUAAUGCCCUGGAAUUUGUGAGACUGAAUGGUUUCCGAGAUGUAAUUUACAAGAGUUUGAAUUCUUCUUCAAACCCAAUUCAGGAAAUAGCGCUAAGGCUGUUGGGUUCGCUUGUGCAGAACAAUGCUAGAGUUCAAAUUCAUGCACUUGAAACGAGCAGUCUUCAUGUAUUACUGAGAUUUUUGAGUCCCGACGAGCCAGUAAAUCUUCAAAGUAACGCUGUGUUUGCAUUGGGCUGUUUUCUUAGGAGGUUUCCUUUGGCGCAGCAAAGGUUUGUCGAAAACGGAGGGAUAUUCGUCAUGCUGAGAUUAUUCGAAAAAUCCACGUUGAAAAUACAAGUGAAAAUAAUAACACUGCUGAACGAUUUGUUCGUAGAAAAGAGAGACUCGGCGGAAAAGUCGAAUAAAAUAGUGAAGAGCCAAUAUGAAUCCGUAAAUUUAGAAAAUCAGUUUAUAGAUCAAAAUUGGUGCUUGCACCUCGAUAGGGCAUUGACUAUUGUCGUAAACGCUAACCUGGAUGAUCAUGAUUCCAUCGAAAAAAUUUUAGUUGCAAUGAAAUUGCUGUCCAACAAAUGCAAACAUUAUGACAGAGAAGUUCUCUCGACCCUCAGAAAUAGAUACGAAAACUUAGCACAGCUUGAGUCAAAAGGUGAUAAUUUCUAUAGAGACAUUUCUUUAAUAUGUAUUCACAUUUUAGACGAAAAAUCAACGAAAACCGAGUUGUGAUUAUUAAAAAUAUC